GGAAUCGGGAUUCCGUCGCGGGGCAGUUCCGCCACUGAUCUUCAACUCUGGCCCCGCAAAGCCCUUGGUCCCCCUCGGGCGGCUUGCGACGGCAUCGUGGCGGGGCAGCUGCGGAAACGGAAAGCCGAUUGAGCUGUCUCAGACGCGUUGGCGGGGGAGGGGGGAAGCCCUGAGGGCAGCAUGGAGGGCGGUUGAUUAAAAAGUUGACGGCACACGUCAUGCUCAACCUGUCCUCGCUCGCCUGGAAGAAGCUCUUGCUCGGUUCUGCGCAGCUGUUUGCGAUACUCGACCCUGCUGGCGAUAAUAGUACUCACGCCACCAGCGACACCAUCACGGGAUCCCUCACCACCACCACCGACAGCUCGUCCAUCACAGACGCAACCGCCAUCAUGUCGUGGCUCAACAUCGCGCCCGAGUCGCACUUUAGCAUCGCCAACAUCCCCUUUGGCAUCAUCUCGACACAGGCAGACCAGACGCCUCGUCCGGCCGUGGCCAUUGGCGACCAUGCGCUUGAUCUGAAAGCCUUUGCUGCCGGUGGCGGCUUCGACGCCAGCGCCGACAUCAAGAAGAGCGAGGCCGUCUUCUCCGCGCAAACGCUCAACGCCUUCGCCGCGCAGGGCCGAGGCUUCCACCGCGCCGUGCGCGCCCACCUGCAGGCCGUGCUGAGCGCCGACACCAAGCACCCGCAGGCGCUCCGCGACAACGAGGCGCUUCGCAACAAGGCGCUGCUGCCUCGCUCCGAGGUGACAAACCACCUUCCCAUGGCCGUCGGCGACUACACCGACUUCUACGCCGGCAAGAACCACGCCUACAACAUCGGCGUGAUGUUCCGCGGGCCCGACAAUGCCCUCCAGCCCAACUAUCUGCACCUGCCCGUCGCGUAUCACGGCCGCGCCAGCAGCGUCGUCGUCUCGGGCACCCCCCUGCGCCGCCCGUGGGGUCAGAUCCUCAAGGACCCCAAGGCCGACCCCAAGGUGCCCGCCCUGGCCACGGCCGAGAAGCUCGACCUCGAGCUCGAGAUGGGCAUGUUUAUCUGCCGCGAGAACAAGCUCGGCAGCCCCGUGCCAGUUGACGAGGCCGACGACUACAUCUUCGGCUACGUGCUGAUGAACGACUGGAGCGCCCGUGAUCUGCAGGCGUGGGAGUACGUCCCUCUUGGUCCCUUUACGGCCAAGAAUCUCGGCACCAGCGUUAGUGCAUGGGUCGUCCUGGCAGAUGCUCUCGCCGAUGCCAAGGGCGCCGGCAUCCCCAACGACACGCCGCUGCUGCCCUAUCUGCAGGAAAAGAAGAAGAACAAUGUCCUGCAGAUUGACCUUGAGGUCGACCUCAUCACGGCCAACGGCAACAAGACCACCAUUUCCAAGACCAACUCCAGGAACCUCCUCUGGUCGUGGCCGCAGAUGAUUGCGCACCACUCCAUCAGUGGCUGCAACCUACGACCAGGCGAUCUCUUUGGCUCUGGGACCAUCUCGGGCACCGAGCCCAACACGCAGGGCAGCAUCAUCGAGCAGACGCAGGGCGGCAAGGUGGCGAUGCAGCUGACCGGUGGCGAGGAGCGCAAGUUUCUGCAGGACGGGGACACGCUUGUCAUCCGCGGCUGGGCCGGCAAAGAGGGCGCCUUGGUCGGCUUCGGAGAGGUGUCGGGUAAGAUUCUCCCCGCGCACCCCCUUUUCUAAUCGGUGAAAAAGGCUGCGAUAGUAAGGCUUGUAUGGCAUUGGGAUCAAACAAAACAUAGACAGCAAUCAUGACGCCUUGAAAUCAUACCCUCGCCCC